AUAUCUUAUCUGUGGUAAAGCCAUUACAAAUGGCGGCGAAGCGCGUACAGUUGUCAAUGUAUUUAUUGUUGUAAAUGUUAAAUUGUAUAAAAUGGAACACGCAUUGAACCCAAGACUUGAUAAAGAAACAAUUUACGAGAUUUACCGAGCAUGUCGCCUUUGCGGGGCCGGUGCUGGUUACAAAAUGCCAAUAAUGCAAAACGUCAUACACUUGGAGGAUUCAGAAAUAAAUUUAAGCAAAAAAAUACGGGAAUGCGUGCAAAUAGAGGUGCAUGCAGAUGAUAAGAUGCCACCGUUGAUCUGUGAGUUGUGUGUGGACAAAGUGAAUGAUUUCUACGAGUUUUUAGAGUUAUGCAAGCAGACAAACAAGCGGACGAGGCUGAAGCUUGGUCUUCCCAUGCAGACCACUCCUAAAGGCGUGCAGGAUUCUGGAGACUGCAUCUUGGGAGACACCGCUCCGGUCUACAUAAAUGAGGAUUCCAACGAAACCUCCAUCAAAUACAAGAGUAAGACAAGAGUGAAAGAGAGGGAGAAAGAGAGGAUGAAGGAGAAAGAAAAGCUUAAAACAAAAGUGAAGAAUGAGCCGGAAGUUAAGAUCAAAGUGGAGCCUCUGUCGAGCGACAGGAGUCGUGCGAGUCGAAGGCCGCCUGCGCCACCUUCCCCACCUCCCAUAAGGGUCACUCGCACCAGCUGUGGCCCGAACGACCUCAACGGAGGACUUCAGGAUCCACAGAAGAGAGCAAGACCAGCUCCAAAGAGUAUAAUGAAGAAGGAAAAAGAAGAAAUUAAGGUAGAAGAUGAUUCAUCAAGAUUAAAAAGACUUCGAGAGAAGGAUGUGAAAAGCGAAAUACCAGUAAAGAAAGUCAAAAUAUUGCUAGAACAAUGCUCGUCAAAAUCGAACAAGCAAUCAAGUCCAAAGACGAAACCCAAGCCUCCUGCGAAGCGUCCUGCGUCGCCCCCAGCGAAACACGCCGCAGCUCCUGUGAAACAUUCAGGAUCGUCUACGAAAAAUGCCGUGGCUCCUGCAAAACAUACAGGAUCUUCUACAAGACAUGCUACAGCUCCUGCAAAACAUACUGCAGCUCCUGCAAAACAUCCGGGGUCUUCGAAACAGAACGCAGCUCCUGCGAGACGUCCUGCGUCUCCUGCGACCAUUCCUGCAGUGCAAUACACGUGUAAAAUAUGUUCGCUCGUGCAAAAGAAUUCGCAAGGAUAUCAAAGUCAUUUGAGAUCGCAUGUAGUGACUUUCACAAGGCCAACCAUGGCCUGCAACGCGUGCGGCGAGUGGUUCCCAACGUACGACGAGGCGUGUUCCCAUCACAGGAUGCACAAACACGACCUCGUGCCGUACAAGUGUAGAAGAUGUUCCGGUGAAUUCAAAACGCAUCAUAGUUACGAAGAACAUUUCGGCCAGAGUCAGUGCAUCCCGUUCGACGAGGUGCCCGACGUUAAGUGCGGCGACUGUUGGCGGUACUUCGCGACGGACCGCCUGCUCAUCGAACAUAAAUGCGCGGGAGAGGAAGGGAGACCAGGAGGUAAAUGCGUAAAGUGCAACCGCACCUACGUGCUGUUGAAGAACUUGAGGCGGCACGAAGCCGCCUGCAUGCACAGGAGACGGAGCGUGGCGACAGCAGACUCCGAGAUGGUGACCACGAAGCAAGUGCAGAUACGCAUGGCGCGCUGUGACCCGUUACUAGAGAAGGAAAGAGACGGACACUAUGACGUCAGCGGUGUCACAGACUUCGGCUUCGACCCGAACUGCAUCUACCCUUACAAGACAAUUUGUAUCAAAGCAGAACCAUUUGACGGAAUGGUGAAAAUACAAGAGGAAGUGAGGAAAGAAUUCUGCUCAGAAGAGUAUGUUCAUUGGGAUUCCACUGAUAGUGAGGAAGAAGUGGAUAGUUUAGUCACAUUAUCCCUCAAAACAAUCUUCUCACAGAAGGUGUUAGGUCGUGUGCCGAGAAAGAGAAGGGUUAAGAUAGAAGAAGACAAAACUAUCGACGUAUCUAGUGAUGCGAAUGUUUCAGAGGAAGGUUUUCAAGGUUUUAAUUUGGUUUCUGAGCUUAAUGAUGUGAGCAGUAGGGUUGGAGAUGUGUUAGACGCUGAGAAAGGCAGUAUAAAUAAUGAUUCGAUAGUUAAGGAUGUAACAGAUGUUACUGAGAGAUUAGACGCUGAAAAGCCUACAGCUGACAAAGACUGUCAGAAUGGUGAUGACUUUAAUAAUGAUAUCGAUGAUUUUGGGAAUUCAAACCUCACCGGCAAUGAUACUAAUGACGGCUUUGAAGAUAUCGACGGAAGUAAACUUAUAGCUGCCUUGAAUGAACAAAUUGGUGAAGAUGAUGAAACUGAGGGUGAACGUAGCUUUAAAGACUUAGAUAAGAAUGAAUUGGGUGAUGAAAAACAUAAUAAAUGUGAAAUAAAUGUUAAUGAAGCGAAUGAAAAAUUGAAUAAUAAUAAAGAACAUUUUAAUAAUAUUGAACAUAGUGACGAAAAUAUUAAUGAUAAAUGUGGAAUAAAUGAAAGCAAACAAAAUGAAAAAUUGAAUGAUAAAGAAACUGAUAAUUUUAAUGAACAUAGUAAAGAAAUAGAUAAAGGCAGUGAAGAAAUAAAUAGCAAUAAAGACAAAGAUUUGAAAGAUUUAAAUUCUUUAAAACAUGAUGAGAAUUUUGAAAACGAUUCAAAUAUAAAUAAUACAAUACAAAAUGAAGUUAAACACAGUGAUUUUGAAAAUGCAUGUCUACCCAAAGACAAUAAGAAUAAUGAAAACAAUGUCUCAAAUGUAAAUACUUUAGAAAUUAAAAAUAAUAAUUCUGCGUGUGCAGCAGAAUUAAGCGAAAAUGGUCAUGAAAAUGAAAUCGAAAAUGGGAAAUGCGAGAAGCUGUGCCUAGAAGAUUUGCUAGAGAGAGAUCUAGAAAAGAAUGACAGUUUAAAACACAUAUCCGAUGAAGAUUAUAAUUUUGAUGUUUAAUUUGUUACCGUCGCCGCACUAUCAAAUGGAAUAUACCUGCAAAUGGUAUACUGGAAUCCCCCGGCUUAUCGACUGUAGGACCUCGCAGGAAAGUUGGGAAGGAAGUGUGUGAAGGAGAAGGAACCGUCUCAAAAUAGGAGGAGGGGAGAAGACCAGGAAAUGUUCACGAGCACUCAUAGGCCUCGAUGUGUUACAACUAUGUAGGCUUACCAUAAUUACGAAGAGCCAAACCGCCGGGACGCAGAAGAGAAAGAGGCUCAUUUUCAUUUUGUUUUUCGCUUAAUUUGUGUUUUUCAUAUUUGAAAUGCAAUCAAAUAUAUUAUGAAUUGAAAACAUAUUAAUAAAUGUGAAUAUAUUUUUUAUUAAAAAGAAAAAGAGACUAAGUACAAUCACCCGGGACGCAGGGACAGGGAUUUCAAACCGGGACUAUCCCGGUCAAACCGGGACGUAUGGUAAGCCUACAACUAUGAGGUGUACACUGAACUGUGUGUCUAGAGCGACAAAUGUCCCCCGUGGAGUGAAUGUAGAGACAGCGCACGGAAUUGAGUAGGGGGAAGAGCGGGGUGGUUAUGGAGAUAGUUUGAGUCCCUGGCAAGGACCUUUUAUAUCGAAAAAUCUUUCACACGGACAAAACCACGGGCAAAUUUAUAAAGUGUGGUAAUAAUUUAAGCAUCAAAACGAUAUGAUCUUUAGCAUGUAAGAGAAUUUGUAUAAAUGUAUAUAAUAAAUGAUUUAUGACUUUGUGUACAAU